AUGUCUACGACAACGACAGUCACAGAGUCUGCGCCUAUCACGGCGCAGAACAUGUUGAGGUUGUUCCCCGACAUCGACACAACAUCGGCCGCCCUCGAAGGUCACGACGAGGAGCAGAUUCGGCUCAUGGACGAGGUAUGCAUUGUUCUCGACAACGACGACAAGCCCAUUGGAACUGCCAGCAAGAAGCUCUGCCACCUCAUGACCAACAUUGACAAGGGUUUGCUCCACCGAGCUUUCUCGGUCUUCCUUUUUGACGACCAGAACCGUUUGCUCUUGCAACAGCGCGCUCCUGAGAAGAUCACAUUCCCAGACAUGUGGACCAACACUUGCUGCUCACACCCAUUGCACAUCCCUAGCGAGACGGGGUCGAACCUGCCCGAUUCCGUUCAAGGUGUCAAAAACGCUGCACAACGAAAGCUGGACCAUGAAUUAGGCAUCCCGAAGGAGCAGGUGCCCAUCGAGGACUUCCACUUCUUGACGCGCAUUCAUUACAAGGCACCCAGUGACGGCAAAUGGGGCGAACACGAGAUCGAUUACAUUCUGUUCAUCAAAGCGAACGUCGAUCUCGAUGUCAACAAAAACGAAGUACAAGACACGAAAUACGUGUCUCCAGAGGAACUCAAAGCGCUCUUCGCCGACCCGAAGCUGAAGUUCACCCCUUGGUUCAAACUCAUCUGCGAAUCGAUGCUUUUCGAGUGGUGGAAGCAUCUCGACUCCGGGCUCGACAAAUUCUUAAAUGAACAAGAAAUACGGCGCAUGUAG